AUGGCACAUGGUGCGGAGGACUGCGCAACUGUCCUGGACCAGUUCGUCCACGACGUGGCGAAUCUUCCGGCUGAGAUCAACCACCUUAUGGAGGAAAUCCAGGCCAAGGACAAGGUUAUGCAGGAGUGCCGCGCUACAAUCAACUCGCGCGAUAGCAGCAUCCAGAAGUUCAUCAAACUGAACGGCAGUUUAACGCCGAACCCAAAGGAAGAGCAAUACAGCAAGAUUAUCCUACAGAAUAUGGAUAGAUCCCACGAGCUGCAGAACGAGAAGAUCCAGCUCAGCGAGAAGGCAUGCGUCCUCCUUGAUCGCCAGAUCAAACGACUGGACGUGCGCAUUCGUGAUCUAGUCAACGAAGGCCUCCUCACCAACGAUCCGCCUCUCCCUUCCCUGUUCGACUCGAAAAAUAAAUACCGCAACCCACCAAAGAUCUUCCUCCCAGACUCCACGCCCUCCGACUCCCCCGCCUACUCAACUCCCCUCAACCCGACUUCCGGAAACGCGAAUCCUAUCCUGGCUGCUGCGCAGCGCUUGAACCAAUCCACAACUCCCCGCCCCACUGCCUCUACCUCUGCAGCCCAGCUCGGACAAGUUGCGGCACGCAGCUCCGCACCGGCUACUCCGGCAGCGGCGGCCGUCGUACACCUCCAGCAACGCCAACGCGAAUCCUCCGCCGGGGCAGUGGACAGCAAGCGCCGCCGCUUGAACCCAUCCCUCAACACCCUCCCCGCAGCGUCUUCAAAUCUGCGCCAGUCCUCUAUGGGCCCUGGUACACCGAAGCCUGGUACACCGGCAGGCAGCCGUGCAGGCAGUGCCGGGCCCCGUUCUAGCAUCGGCACCAAGAAGGCACUGACCAAGAAGGUCGCGCCACACCAGCAAGUCAAGAAGCUGAAGACUGCCAGCGGAAAGCCGAUCAAGCGCUCUUCCAGUGCUAGCGGUCGCAUCAAGAUUUCGAAGAAAUCUCCCAAUGGAGAAGGCGAUGAGGAUGAUGACUCCAUGCUCAGCAGUGCUGAUACAUCGGACUCUGACAAGAGUGAUGGUGUUGCUGAAGAUGAUGUCGACGAUGAGGAUGAGGACGAGGGUAACGAGGAUUCGAAGGUCUAUUGUACCUGCCGCACUGUUAGCCAUGGGGAUAUGGUGGCUUGCGACAAUGAUGAGUGUCCCUAUGAGUGGUUCCACUGGAAGUGUGUUGGCUUGACGCGCGAGCCAGUUGGGACUUGGUACUGUGAUGAGUGCAGGCGUACUCUGGGCAAGUGA